UAAACAGGGCAAUAUUGAGAUGCGUUAUGUUGACGAAACAGCCGGAAACUGUAGGAAAGGUGCGCGCAGAGUGAGCGCGCUUCCAGGACACUGAGAGGGACGUCAUCUCCCAAACAGUAUCUCCUUUCAGCGGAUUUGAAGUUGGGACUCGGGAGGCGAAGAAUUCGCUGACGUUCCGAAUAGGAUCCGUCCAACUUCCUACGCUCCGCAAGUAAAGCUAACCAAAGCGGGAGGUUGGGCGGCGCUACCAAAAGUCCCCAGAAAGAGUCGAAUUGGAACCCACACCUGCUUCUCUGCAGUAGCCGCCGGGAACCGGACCGCUUUUACGUAGACGAGGGAAGAGGGAGGGGAAAGCCACGUCUCCUCGGCACUUCGGAGCGUGGGGCAGGCUUAUAAGAACUGCAGCUCCCGCUCUUUCCAUAGGGGCUCAUGGAAAGGGAGAAGCAAAGCGAGCGCGCUAUUCGAUUACUCCUGCGAUUUCUUCGGCCAGCAACGGACGCGGAGCGGGGACUCAGGGCGAAGUGGUGCGAGCGCUUCGGCAGCCUGAACAGAUAAUGGGGCUUCAGUCUGAAAACAGCAAAGCCCCGGCAACCGAGGAGAAGCCUCCGAGGCUGAAUACUUGCCCGGGCAAGAUCUUCUGUAACAUUAAGGUGUUUGUGUUCUGCCAUGGCCUGAUGCAGCUUUCUCAACUCCUCUACAGUGCUUACUUUAAGAGUAGCUUGACUACCAUCGAGAAGCGCUUUGGCCUCUCCAGUUUGUCCUCCGGCUUUAUCUCCAGUUUACAUGAGAUUGGCAAUGUCAUCCUCAUCAUCUUUGUGAGCUACUUUGGUAGUCGAGUUCAUCGACCUCGGAUCAUUGGCCUGGGAGGUCUGCUAUUGGCACUAGGGGCCUUCCUUUUGACUCUUCCGCAUUUCCUUUCUGGUCGAUAUGAAUAUUCUUCAGCACAAAUCAGUAACCAAAGCAGCCAGUCCAGAUUAGAGCUCUGCCAAGGAGGAUUUAAGUGUUUGAAUGCCACUGUGAAUGUCCAGGCAGAGGCCAGUAUCAUGUGGGGAUUAAUGAUACUUGCCCAACUCUUGGCUGGAAUUGGAACAGUCCCUAUUCAGCCGUUUGGAAUUUCCUAUGUGGAUGACUUCGCUGAGCCAGACAAUUCUCCUUUGUACAUAGCAAUCUUAUUUUCCAUCUCAGUAUUUGGUCCAGCUUUUGGCUACCUACUUGGCUCUGCAGCAUUGAAGAUCUUUGUGGAUUUUGGACAGGUUAGCCUGAAGGAUGUAAACUUGACCCCAAGUGACCCACGUUGGAUUGGCGCAUGGUGGUUGGGUCUUCUUGUUGCUGCUGGUUGUUUGCUACUCUGUUCCAUUCCCUAUUUCUUCUUCCCUCGAUAUAUGCUGAAAGGGAAGGAAGCAUCUGAAGCAGAUAUCCUGAAGAAGAUUGAGAAAACAAAGGCAGAGGAAGAGUCCCUGAUGGUUUUUAUCAAAAAGUUCCCACAAGGCUUCUUAAAACUGCUCCUCAAUCCACUCUUCAUAUUGUUGGUCUUGACACAAUGCAGCUUCUCCUCUAUUCUUGCUGGGCUUGCUACCUUCCUCAACAAGUACUUGGAAAAACAAUUUGGUGUUACCUCCUCUUAUGCUAACUUCCUCAUUGGAGCUGUGAAUUUACCUUCAGCUGCACUAGGGAUGCUCUUUGGAGGAUUCAUCAUGAAACGUUUUGCUUUCUCACUCAAAAUAAUCCCACGUUUCACCAUUGUGGUGUUACUUUUCUCCAUCCUUUGCUAUCUUCCACUCUUUUUUAUGGGCUGCUCUUCACAGACCGUGGCUGGAAUUCAUCUGUCCAGUACAUCAAGUUCCCCAGAACAAGAUCCAUGUAACCUUCGUUGCUCCUGCUCAAAGUAUCUCUUCCAUCCAGUCUGUGGAGAUGAUGGUGUUGAGUACCUCUCUCCCUGCCAUGCUGGCUGUACUGGUUUCUUCUCUAAUUCUUCAACAUCUGGAAUUAUCUACACAAAUUGCUCCUGUAUCUCCACCAAGAAUGGACAAUCUUCAGCAAAAACUGGAUCUUGCUCUGUUAGCUGUGCCCAUUUGUUAUUACCUGUUAUAUUAAUCAUCUCAUUUUCUGCAUUGAUUGCCUGUCUAUCUCACAACCCUCUCUACAUGAUGGUGUUACGAGUGGUGUCCUAUGAUGAAAAGUCUUUUGCUAUUGGAGUCCAGUUCCUGUUGAUGAGAUUACUAGCCUGGUUGCCAGCUCCUACCCUCUUUGGCAUCCUGAUUGACUCUUCCUGCAUAUGGUGGAAGAAAGCCUGCAACCAUAAGAGUGGAGCCUGCUAUUAUUAUAACAAUAGCUUCUUCCGCAGCAGGUUCUUAGGCCUCCAGGUUAGCUACAAAAUUAUUGGCAUUCUGCUAUUAUCUUUCAUUAGCUGGAAGCUGACGAGGAACAAGCAAUACAAUAUGCAAGAUAAAGCUGCUGACCCAGAAUAGCUCAACACUACAACAAGACCUGCUUCAAGCAUCAUUUUAUAUGAUGUUUAAAUUUACUUAACUUGGCCUUUGUGCCUUUUAUUUUAUAUUUUUUUUACAAGGCACCAUUUUAUAUUAGCAGCUGAACUUGAACUCCUACAUGAACAGUUUCUGCUGCAUGUAGUCCAGCUAAAGGAACAUAUUUGUAUUGUGGAACAGAGAUCACACAGCCAACUCAUCUUAUUGAGAGGCAUUGAAAUGAAAACACCUACAACCAGCUAAAGAGAACCCCCCUCUCCCUUCCCUCCCACCCCCCACCCGCCUACAGUGAUAGAGGCAUCUUCAAGACUGGGCCAGAGUUUUACAGACGUUUGGAAUACAACGGGUUCUCUUGUUUUUAUGUCAAAACAAUGGAAAUGGCAAGUGAAAACUGUUACACUGAAAAGAGUCACUUAAAAGUUGCUAGCAGGGGGAAAUCGUCCAAUUUGGCUAUGGGGUCUUGGACUGUUCUACUCAAUCAACUUUGAGGCAUUAUCCAGGCUUGCCAAGGGGCAGGACCAAGGAAGAAGCAAUCUCAACUUGUCUGCCCUCUCUCUCUUGCCUUUGCUACUUUCCUUUACUUCCUUCUCUAUACAGGCCAGAACGGAUAAAAAUCCCUGUCGAUGUAUAAAGUUAGUUGCUAUGACAUGUACACUUUUAAAUAGAAAAACUUUUUUCUACUUGGUCUUACUAUUUUUCUUUUACUGGCAGAUUUUGAAGAAGCCACUUUUUUCAAUAUUUUUCCUGCUUUUGAGCCUCCUUGUUGCUAUAGGCAUAAAUGUGUUUGACUUUGGAAUUUUUUGACAUGGUACUAAUCCAGAUUUUAAUUCUAUGAAUCUAUUUAGUCAUGUGAUAGCUAUCAAUUAUCUACGGGACCGCCUUCUGCUACCGAAUACCUCUCACCGACCUGUGCGCUCUCACAGAGAGGGACUCCUCAGGGUGCCGUCAGCUAGACAGUGUCGUCUGGCGACGCCCAGGGGAAGGGCCUUCUCUGUGGGGGCUCCCACCCUCUGGAACGAACUCCCCCCAGGACUCCGUCAACUUCCAGACCUCCGAACCUUCCGUCACGAGCUCAAGACGCAUUUAUUCAUUUGUGCAGGACUGGCUUAGAUUUUAAAUUUAGAUUUUAAAUUUAUAGAUUUUUAAAUUCACAGGGGUUUAAAUUUGGUUUUAAGAUUUAUAUUUAUAUUUUUAAUAUUCGGCUAUAACUUUAGAAUAAGUUUUUUAAUAGUUAUUUUAAUUGUAUAUAAAUGUUUUAUGUGCCUGUGAACUGCCCUGAGUCCUUCGGGAGAUAGGGCGGUAUACAAAUUUGAAUAAAUAAAUAAAUAAAUAAAUAAAUUACAGUAAUGAAAAUAUAUGCUACUUCAUCAAGAAAUACAUUUCUCGUGUUACUUUCUCUUCAACUUAAAACUUGUCAUUUUGGCCUUUUCCCUACUUUCCAAAACAGAAGAGUACUUGGGGAGACAGAGAGAGAAAGUAACAGUAACAGUGUUGGAAGGGAGCUUGGAGGUCAUCUAGUCCAACCCCCUGUUCACGCUGGAGACCUGUACUAGGGAUUCAAACUGCUGACCUUUCUGAUCGACAAGUUCAGUGUCUUAGCCACUGAGCCUAGUCUGUUAAGCUUCUUAAAUCUAACAUGCUGUUUAGUUUAUGCUGCAUUAUAUUUGCUUGAGAUUUGACUCACUUAAUCAAAGUGAGUGCUCUAUUCACUAUUCUUCUUGAGGACACUAAAGAGCAAGAUGCAAAUAAACUGAUUAGGAAGCAUGCCUUAAAGAAAGAGGUGCACAAUUGGGGAACAACUGUUUGCAUGUGUUUUCAAAACUAUAAAGUUUGAGGAAAGUGUAGGUCAUUUUCCAACUCCAUAAAUAUGGUGGUUCCUUCAAACCUUUUUUAAAAAAAUAUCUGCAUAAAAAAAAUAAAAACCAUAAAGAAAUGUUGUACCACCACCUAGUGGCACAUUGAUUUAUGACAGAUAUAUUUUGUUAUGCUUAACAUUCAGAGUUGUUUUUCUUAUACUGCAUGUCAAAGCUGAGCAAUAGAGCAAUUUAAAGUACAGCUUGUUUUUUGCUGAUUCUUGGUUUUAUGAACAAUAAGAAAAUGAAAUACAUAUUGUAAACAGAACCAGUGAAAGAAAACCACAUGCCUCAUUUUAACUUGCAAGGCAUAAGAAGAUGUAAUUUUAAGUGUUGGGUUGGCAAUGGGAGUUUAAACAUUAUUCACUGUUCAGUUGACCCAAACAACACCCCCCCCCAUUUCUAGUUUCUACUAAAUUUAACAUUUAUUUGGGAACCCUAUGAUAGUAAAAUAAAAUUGUACAAUUUGAAUAGGAAAAUGGUUUGGAGAGUUAUAUUUUUAUGUUCAAGUAUGCAGUACCAUUCCUUCUGUUGCUAUUGUAAACACACACAUGUACAACAUACACUUUUGAUAUACUUAAUAAAUUUGUUUUAAAAGCAA